AUGAACGACGCUUCUUUAUUAGGCUACCCUAACCUGGGCCCGCAGCAACAGCAGCAGCAGCAACAACAACAGCAGCAACAGCAUGCCGGACUACUAGGAAAGGGUACACCGAAUACCCUACAGCAGCAGCUACACAUCAACCAGCUUUCUAAUAUACCUCCACCGGGGCUCAUGAGCAACAACGAUGUACACACUCCCAGCAAUAACAACUCGCGCCAGUUGCUUGACCAAUUGGCUAACGGGAACGCGAACAUGCUCAAUAUGAACAUGGAUAAUAGCAACAGCAACAAUAACAACAAUAACAACAAUGGCGGUGGUACCGGGAUGAUGAUGAACGCCUCGACUGGCGCAGCCAAUCCUAUAGGGAUGAUUCCAACCGUGGGCACGCCUGUGAACAUCAAUGUAAACGCCAGCAACCCUUUAUUACACCCACACUUGGAUGACCCUUCUUUACUAAACAACCCGAUCUGGAAGCUUCAAUUGCACCUGGCUGCAGUUUCUGCACAAUCUUUGGGACAGCCCAACAUCUAUGCCAGGCAAAACGCCAUGAAGAAGUACUUGGCUACGCAACAGGCUCAGCAAGCGCAGCAACAAGCGCAGGUACAGCAGCAGGUGCCACAGCAGGCGCCGGGCCAAAUGGGCUCUGGACCUCAAGCUGCACCAUCUUCUCUGCAGCCUGCCGACUUUCAACAAUCCCACAUUGCAGAAGCCUCCAAAUCACUAGUCGACUGCACCAAGCAGGCUCUAAUGGAGAUGGCCGAUACUCUCACUGAGAAUAAAGCUGCGAAGAAACAACAGCCCACGGGCGACAGCACUCCUUCAGGUACUGCUGCUAACAGUGCAGUGUCCACACCAUUGACCCCGAAAAUAGAGUUGUUUGCUAAUGGCAAGGACGAAGCUAAUCAGGCGCUCUUGCAACACAAGAAACUCUCUCAGUACAGUAUCGAUGAAGAUGACGACAUUGAAAACAGAAUGGUCAUGCCCAAGGACUCCAAGUACGAUGACCAAUUAUGGCACGCGCUAGACUUGUCCAACUUACAAAUCUUCAACAUCAGUCCCAACAUCUUCAAGUACGAUUUUCUAACGAGGCUGUAUUUAAAUGGUAACAGCCUCACCGAAUUACCUCCAGAGAUCAAGCACCUAAGUAACCUACGUGUUUUGGACCUGUCACACAACAGAUUGACGUCUCUGCCCCCGGACUUGGGCUCAUGUUUUCAACUUAAAUACCUAUACUUUUUCGACAAUAUGAUCACCACAUUACCAUGGGAGUUCGGCAACUUGUGCAACCUGCAAUUCCUUGGUGUAGAGGGAAACCCCUUAGAAAGGCAAUUUUUGAAGAUCCUCACAGAAAAAUCUGUCACAGGAUUGAUUUUCUAUUUAAGAGAUAACAGACCGGAAAUUUCUUUACCACACGAACGUAGGUUCAUUGAAAUCAAUACCGAUGGGGAACCACAGAGGGAGUACGACUCUUUACAGCAAUCCACAGAACAUUUGUCCGUCGAUUUGGCCAAGAGGACGUUCACCGUCUUAUCCUACAAUACCCUCUGCCAACACUAUGCUACUCCAAAGAUGUACCGUUACACACCAUCCUGGGCGUUGAGUUGGGAUUACAGACGCAAUAAGUUAAAGGAACAGAUUCUGUCAUAUGAUAGCGAUCUAUUGUGUUUACAAGAAGUGGAGUCCAAGACUUUUGAAGACUACUGGGUGCCCUUAUUGGAUAAGCAUGGUUAUACUGGUAUUUUCCAUGCAAAGGCAAGGGCCAAGACCAUGCAUUCUAAGGAUUCCAAGAAAGUCGAUGGAUGUUGUAUUUUCUUCAAGAAAGACCAAUUCAAAUUGAUCACCAAGGACGCUAUGGAUUUUAGUGGUGCUUGGAUGAAACACAAAAAGUUCCAAAGAACCGAAGACUAUUUAAAUCGUGCGAUGAAUAAGGACAACGUUGCGCUCUUCUUAAAGCUGCAACACAUCCCUAGCGGUGAUACCAUAUGGGCGGUCACCACACAUUUACACUGGGAUCCAAAAUUCAAUGAUGUUAAGACGUUCCAAGUGGGUGUGUUGCUGGACCAUCUGGAAACACUGCUCAGGGAAGAGACGACACACAAUUUUAGACAGGAUAUAAAAAAAUCUCCGGUGCUUAUUUGUGGUGAUUUCAAUUCAUAUAUCAAUUCCGCCGUAUACGAAUUGAUAAGUACAGGUCGUGUCCAAAUAAAUCAGGAGGGAAAUGGCAGAGAUUUCGGUUACAUGUCAGAAAAGAAUUUCUCGCAUAACUUGGCUUUGAAAUCUAGUUACAAUUGUAUCGGAGAACUGCCAUUCACCAAUUUCACACCCUCCUUCACAGACGUCAUUGACUACAUAUGGUUUUCCACACACGCUCUCAGGGUCCGCGGGCUAUUAGGCGAAGUAGACCCUGACUACGUAAGUAAGUUCAUUGGGUUCCCCAACGACAAAUUCCCCAGUGACCAUAUACCACUGUUAGCAAGGUUUGAAUUUAUGAAAACAAAUACAGGCAGCAGAAAGGUAUAA